UGUCUGAAUAGUAAUUUUGCUCUGUGCUUGUGAGAAAAGGAAGAAAAGAGGGUAGCCUUUAGCGAGGUGCUGCUGGGUUGGAAGAAGGGUCCGAGGUACUUUUCUAUUAUUAUUGUUCCUACACUCCGCCCGUUUCCACCUCCUUGUCCUGGCGAAAGGUUGAACCGUUAAAAUGGAGGCGGAUAGAUCCGGCGGAGGACCAAACCCGAACUCCGGAGGCGGCGGCAGCAGCGGAGCGGGGCGCAACCCAAACGGGCCCAAAGCAGCACCGGGCCAGGCGACAUCAGCUGCGGCGACCGGGGCGAUGGCACCAGCAGUGGCGGCGGCGGCGGCGGCGGCGGCGGCAGCCGGGGCCAUGCCCGGAUCGUCGCAGGCUCGGGAGCUACAGGACGGGGACUCGGGUAUGACGCUUCCUGGGAUCCUGCACUUCAUCCAGUACGAGUGGGGACGCUUCCAGGCCGAGAAAUACCGCUGGGAGGCUGAGAGAGACGAACUCAGGGCUCAGGUGGCGUUCCUACAGGGUGAGAGGAAAGGGCAGGAGAAUAUGAAACAGGACCUGGUGAGGCGGAUCAAAAUGCUGGAGUAUGCUCUCAAACAAGAGAGGGCUAAGCACCAGAAGCUGAAGACGGGGAACGACCAGAGUCCCGGAGACAAGAAACCAGAGACAGAGGCAGACCAACUUCCCAAUGGGCCGGCUGAGUCAGACUCUGAGCCAGCCAAUCAGAUGUCCUGGAAGGAGGGACGUCAGCUACUACGCAAAUAUCUCGAGGAAGUGGGUUAUUCAGACACUAUCCUGGACAUGCGGUCUAAGCGUGUGCGCUCCCUGCUUGGGCGGAGCAGCCCCGAGGCUAACGGGCCUCCACCCAGUGAAACCUGUCCCGAGCCUGAGCCCCGGGCAGGUGGAGAGUCAUUGUUGGUCAGACAGAUAGAGGAACAGAUCAAGAGGAACGCGGGCAAGGAAAGCUCGAAGGAACGUCUGGGCGGCUCGGUGCUCGAUAAGAUCCCCUUCCUGCAUGGCUGCGAGGACGACGAUGAGGACGACAGCGACGAGGAAGAUGACUUCCAAGGCAUGGCCACUGACUGCAUCGAUGGACCGCGCAAGAACAAGAAGUCUCGUGUAAAGAUGGGUUCAGAGCCCAUGACCACAGACCUGGACCCGGAGGACGAGGAGGACGAAGACGACUCGGAAGACGCCCUCAGUGAAUUUGACUUCCUGGGCUCGGGGGAGGAUGGGGAGGGGGCGGGAGAGGCCCGGAUCUCGGGGGACGGACGGGAGUUAGAGAACCGCAGGAACAAGUUACAAGGCAUGAUGUCGGACUUCCCCCCUAAACCUACCCCGCCCCCCACUGUACCAGGACAGGCUCGCUCCGGAGAAGGUGGUGCCCUGGGUUUUUCCUCUGACGUCUUCAUCAUGGAUGCCGUCGGAGGAGGGGACAUGAACCUGGGUGAACUGGCUGAUCUCACCGUCGCCAAUGACAACGAUCUCUCCAUGGAUAUGCAGGAUAACAGAGAGGAGUUUAAGAAGACAUGGAACCCUCGUUUUACACUACGCAGCCACUUUGAUGCCAUCCGCGCUUUGACCUUUCACCCCAGCCAGGCGGUGCUGCUCACUGCCUCUGAGGACGGGACACUAAAACUGUGGAACCUCAACAAGGCCAUGCACUCUAAAAAGAACGCAGCGUUGGAUGUUGAGCCCAUCUACACAUUUAGAGCACACAGUGGAGCUGUUCUGUCACUAACCAUGGGUGAAGAGGGAGAAUCCUGCUACAGCGGAGGUCUAGAUGGAACCGUCAGAUGUUGGAAGAUGCCUGACCUCAAUGUUGAUCCUUAUGAUAACUACGAUCCUGGCAUCGAGAGCAGCGUACUAGCAGGCCACGAGGACAGUGUGUGGGGUCUGACUUACUCGGCAGUGCACCACCGGCUCGCCUCAUGCUCAGCUGAUGGCACCAUUCGCAUCUGGGACCCUCAGAACUCGUCUCCCUGCCUGUCUGUCUUCAAUAAGGAGAGAGAGCACGGAACGCCCACCUCUGUAGCCUUUGUGGCCACUGACCCCAACCAGGUGGUGGUGUCGUUUGACGCCGGUGAGACGCUUCUCUACGACCUCAACACGGAGCAGAGCGUCACGGCACUAGAGACACAGACCAAGGAUGGCAGUGAGCUGAUCAACCGUGUGGUCAGUCACCCAUCUGAGCCCGUCUCCAUCACUGCACAUGAGAACCGCACCAUUCGGUUCCUAGACAACAAGACAGGUAAAGUUGUCCACUCAAUGGUGGCUCACUUGGAUGCGGUCACCUGUCUCACUACAGACCCUAAAGGCACUUACCUCAUCUCCGGCAGCCACGACUGCUCGGUGCGCCUGUGGAUGCUGGACAACAGGACGUGCGUGCAGGAGAUCACGGCUCACAGGAAGAAGCACGACGAGGCCAUCCAUGACGUGGCCUUCCACUCUUCGCAGCCCUUCAUCGCCAGCGCUGGGGCAGAUGCACUUGCCAAGAUCUUUGUCUGACAGCGCUGUUGUCAUUUUGAGUCCAACAAAAACAACUGGGCCAAAAGAGACUGAAGACUACAGUGGACAAAUUUCACCUGCUUACACACACAGACACACACACACUCUCACACCUGUCCUGCACCCCACUGGUUGGGUCAUCACCACAGGACGUCACCUCCCUUCAAUCCCUUACUGUCCUCUGAUGCCUCAGUGACUUCUUGUAAUACUAAUCACACUGCUUUUUUAUAAAAUCCCGGCUGCUCCGUUUUCGAAUAAUCACAUUUGGAGUAACACUUUUUCUACACUACAAUAUUCUGUUCUGCUUUUUUGUUCGUUCUACCAACACUUAUUACAAACCACCAUGUGUGUGCGUUUGUGCGCUUGAACUGCUGACACACUACUCACACUUCACCGAGAAACCACAGAGGGAACGCUCGCACUGCACAGCGCACACGAUGCACCACUGCAUUUCAUUUGGGAUCUUUUUUUUUAAUGACUUGCUUGUGGCUAACAUAGAUAUGUAGGCAUGACUAUAAACAGUUAUCCUUCCCAGUGUCGGCAGAAUUCACCUGACCAACCUCCGUUGGGAAUUAAUGUAUUACAUUCCAAAGACUCCAGGUAGAGUGUGUGUGGUGUCGUAUUCGGGGGUUGGAGAAUGUAAAAGUGAGUUGUGUGAUGUGAUGAGGCAUUAGACAGUUGCUAACCAGUGUUGAACAAAUAGCUUUAAUUUCAACUUUACGGCCAAGACACCAAGUCUCACUGUAUGUCUGAGUAUUAUAGCGUCCCCAUGAUUCUGCCUCUACUUGUGUGUGUGUGUGUGUGUGUGUGUGAGAUACAAUGUCACCCUGCUGUACAAGAUAAAUGAACAUAUUUCCACAAUCAUGGUCCAUUUUUACAGACGUUACAGUUCGAACUGUGCAGACUGAUGCUCCAACACCAAAUUAACCACCUAAAGAUAGAUAUCAUGAGAGUGCAGUUAAAGUUCGUGGACUUAACAGGGGUGGUGAGGCCAGUCUGGAUGCUCUCAACAAAUGACGCGGAUUGUGUCAUUUGGUGCUUUUUACUGUACAGAAGACGAGUGCGUGCGUGUGUCUGUUUAUGCACUAGUUAAAUCACGGUGCUACGAAAGACCUUGUCAGUCUUGAGUCAGAAUCAGGGACCUGCUUUGUGUGUGUAUGUGUGUGUGUAUACGCGUGAGAAAGAGAGACUGUGUUUCUCGCUCAUCGGGCUACAGAUCUCCACGGAGUGAAUCUGCUUUUUAAAUGACAUUUCAUCGUUGAAUCAUUUCAUUAACUGUGGUCACAUUUUAGAAUUAGCGGUCACUGUUAAUGUCUCUCAUUAGAGGGAUGUGAAUAAUGUCGGGCUUUGAUCGUUUCAGGCUUGAGGAGUGUACAGAGCUGAUGAUAAUUUUAUUACAGUGAGGACCACUUGGACUGAAAACGUUUUCCUGAUUUCCUGAGAUGAGAGCUGCUUGGAUCGUCUUUUUCAUUUCAUCGAGUCGGUGCCAGUUUGUAGGCGGUGCUAGGUUCUGGCUUGUUAUUUAUUCAGGCUUUCAAAAAAUAAAAAUAAAAAAAUAAAUAAAGCUUGAAUUUACCUUCAGUUGUGUGAUGAGGUGAGGUCCCCUCAUCUUGUUUUUGAUGUGCAUCAGUUGCACAGUAGCACAUUACCCAGAGAGCUAAUGAUGUGAAGCUGCUCUCCUCUUUCAAAGGAGGUGCGCUGGGAGAAAAGUCCAUUUAAAAUUCAGCCACUUUGUCAUUUCAGAAAGGAAAAAACGAUUGAUUUAAGAUGUGUGGGUGUCAGUUAAUAUUCGUAACAUGACUCGGCACCUAACCUAUUUUCAAUGUAACCUCGAGAGCAUUUGGCUUAGCUGGAAACGUUCCUUUGAGACACCUCACAUCUAUCUCUGUCUGUGUCGUGCAUUUACACUGAUACCUGCAGGACACGUUUGCUUUAGAUGACCUGACUUCAAAUUACCUGACCAAUCAUUUUAUCUCAUUACCUUGAGAAGACUGAUAGAAUCUGGUGUUAAAUCAGUUGGUUAAGGGGCACCCUCCACCUCUUAAAGAUUACAGGGUCACACUAGGGGUUGGAGGUCAGAUCUAAGGGUUCAAAGUAUCCUGGAGGUAAAUACUUCCCUCCUUUCCCUGUCACUGGGGACACUAGCAUUUAUAGUUCAGAUAUUUUGUUUCCUGAAACAGGGUGGUGGACUGUGGACAUUAUUGUACUGCUGCUGGACAUAACGUCCUGGUGUCACAUUUAACUACUACUUGGCUCCACUUUGCACUACAUCUAACAGUGGGAGCUUCUGGUGAGGAGUGGUUACACACAGGGUGCAGAAAUAAUGUGUUGCAGGUAUUUCUUAUACAAUCUGGAGUAAAUACUACAAAGGCGGAACCUGCUGUGGCUCACGGUUAUAUGAUAGUGAGAGCUACUGAUGGCCAACUUUCUUUUCACUCUGAGCAACUACGCCCCCUCUCUGAGAAUAAAGACAAAUCACUAUGACACAUCAAAAAAGAAAAAAAAAGAAAUCGAAACAGAGGUUGUAAAUGAUGACUAGAGAUGCCAUUACGUGCUGUAAAUGUCCAUCAUUUCCUUGUUUUCUUUCUUGCAUUUCUUUUCUUUGAUUAUGAAUAUGAUUAAUGAGAUGUAAGAAUACUGUAGUAUCAUAAGUGAAUCAUUCUUCCUUGCUAGGCAUAGAACUUGCUUGUGAUUGAUAAUGGCAAUGUAUAACUUGUAAAAAAGCAAAACGGUUAAAAAACACGAAAAAUGUCAAAAAUAAGUUAAAAAAAAAUCUGUUACCAGUCAGAGGCCAAGGUAAAGGACUCUCAUUUCUUUGUGUUUUUAUUUUUUUAUUAGCAAUUUAUCACUGUGUGAUAUUUUGUACAUCAUAUUAAGCUGUAUUCAAACUAUUUCCUCUAACUACAAGGGAUAAGAGACCUGCUUUUUAUUAAUUUUGUUUUAUUAUAUAUUUUUGAACUGCAUUCUAGCUUGUAUCAAAUGACUUUCUCUUUUUGUUUACGGGUCCCCUGUUGUAUGUCAUUAAGGAAGAAAAAAACAAAAAAUGAAGAUUUUGUACAGUGAAUUGA